UCAAGUAUUCUUUCUCCGACUGCUUUUAUAGAGUCAUUUGUAAGUUUGUGGAAUUAUCAAUUAUUCUUCCUGACCAUCCUGAUUUUGUGUAGUUUUUUAGCAUGCGACUGCUCGGGAUGUGGAUUGUUUCCAGCCCUUGGAUUGUUGUAGUGCUGGCAGCCCAGUCAUAACUUGAACCUAUCGCUUAUGUGGCGAGCUCACCAUUUUUUGCAGAUCUACGGUUUCUGAAAAUUUUGGCACAUGUAAAAUAUACUCGUCUUUUUAGAAUUUUUUCUUCCUAUCUCUUAGUAGAGUUCUUUGUUCUUUAUUGCAACCAUCAUCAUUUUACUGCAACUUUCAUCGCCGGAUGCUGAUGACGCGGACUUAUCCAUUUUGUGAGAAGCGCGCUCUUUUGUGGAGAUCGGGAUCGUCUGCCAAGCCAUGUGGCAUGGUGUCGACACUUUGCUCGUUUAUCUUUUAAACCGUGGAAAUUGACAUGCCCAUUGUUUAUCAGAAUUAGAACUCGUGGAAGAACCGUGUGGUGUUUUAUAAAGAUCCAGUUUUAUACAGUUUUCUGCGUUCUGGCAGCAUCAUGAUUCCCGUGCAGUUGUUCAAAUCUUCCAGCGAUGAUAUGCCUUUCGUCAUCAACAUGGCAAACAGCAUUAUUGGUGUCAGCAUACUGGCUAUGCCGUGGUCAUUUCGCGAGGUGGGCAUAGUACUGGGAUCGAUGCUGUUGGUGUUUGGUGGUCUGUUGACGAAAUGGUCCUGUCGACUGCUUCUCGCCGCCGCUGCCGGUCCCCCGGUGAAUCGUUCCAUGGUCACCGGCAAACGGACCAGCUCCUUUCAUCUCGUAGUGGAACCAUCGGAUGAUACACUCACCCGAAGCUCGUAUGAAUAUCUCGCGUUAAGCACAUUUGGAAAAUGGGGGAAACUGUUGGUGGAAUUAUCGACGAUCGGAUAUUUGUUGGGCUCCUGUGUAGCGUUUUUGGUCGUUAUGGGUGAUUUAUUACCGGAAGUUGCUGGAAAGAUCAUUUCACCCGUUGAUUCUGAAGCUGGCUAUCAUAGUCAAAGCAUGCGUGCAUUUUUCCUUACCGUUGUAGCUUUGUGUAUCGCCUUGCCGUUGAGUUUGAUGCAGAAAGUGGAGAAUCUCGUCAGUCUGAGCGCCUUUUCAAUAUUCUUCUACGUGUUCUUGGUAGCAAAAGUUUUCGUGGACGCAGUUCUUUCGUCGUCGUGGCCAGAUUGUAUGGACAAACUCAUAUUAUGGCGGUUCCGCUACGUUUUGCCGGUGCUGCCAAUAUUCACAACUGGUCUUUCGUGUCAGACGCAGGUGUUUGUGAUGUACGAAUCUCUCACUGAUCCAUCGUGUAAACGAAUGAAUGCCAUUAUUUCGGAUGCAGUUAAUUUAUGUUUCGUGCUCUAUUGGAGUGUGGGAUUCUUCGGAUACCUGGCAUUCUGCAAUACGGAAAUUCGCGGAGAUGUUCUUCUUAAUUUUGAAAACACGUGGCUAAUCACCGUGAUACGUUGUUUGUAUAUUGUCGCGGCUGCGAUCAGUUUCCCGUUGUGCAUCUUUCCUUCGCGAAGAAGCGUUGAGACGUUGUUGUUUCAUCAGGAAACAGCCACGACGGAAGGCGGGGCAAUUCAACCCAAUACCUCGAAAUAUUUUCGGACCAUCACAAUAAUUCUUGUAACAUGCACGCUAAUUGCCAGUAUUAUUAUUCCAAACAUUGAGACAAUUCUGAAUCUCAGUGGAUCUACUAUGGGCGCACUGAUUUGUUUCAUUCUUCCUGGUUCUAUUGCGUUACGGAGCGGUUUAAUGUAUUGGCCAUCCAUAUCGGAUAUGAAGACUUUGGGCUCGUAUCUCCAGGAUCAUCUGACAGCUUUGAUAAUACUGCUGGUGGGUGCAGUUUCGAUGGGAGUGUGCUUAUGGGAUGUCCUGCUGGUUCUGGUGUAUCCACCGGUUGAUGCCGCAUCCAAUCCCCUUCUUAUUCAAGAGGAACCGGCUCCUAUUAUCCCGGCCGCGGUUAUCCCUAAUUCGAACAUUUCAUAACGUGAUUUCCCUUUUUGAGUAACACAUUUGCCAUAUUUUCGUGCCUUUUGUACAGAGCUUCCAUGGAAGUUGUGAUCUUUUGAGAGCAUAGAUGUUUUUAUUCUCAUGUAAUCUAACUCGUAUUUUUGCACACUCGAAGGUAGCAAGUAGCAGAUGGAUCGGUCAAAUAAUUUUAUAGUUGGCGUUUCCAUUUCACAUUUUGGUUCUAAUUGCCUCAAGGGCUUUACUGUACACUAAAGCGGAAUUGCUAAUCAGUUUGCACAACAAGUGCGACAAUAAAAGUGG